CUUAUCCUGGAGCAACUUCCUUUCUGGGAACUGGGUGUCUCCUUCUGGGCAAAGACAAUAAAAAUCAUCCAAGGAGCCCCCCGCCCCACCCCCACCGGAUAGGCAUCACGUGGCUCUCCAGCUAGCAGCUCAGGAAAAUUCCAGCCCUUGCACACUUGGCCUCACACACACAGUGCUCACAGGUCCCUGCACCCUGCACCAUUAUCGCACACCCUGCCGCAGUGUGCACCCACUUCUCACCCUUAGCUUCUACCCCCAUCUACCCUUCCCUGGGCCACUUUGCCAGGCUCACCCAGUCGAUCCCUCUCCCUCAAACCCACCAUGUCGCUGGGACCCCUGAAAUUCCAGGCAGUGGGUGAGGACGACGACGAGGAGGAAGAAAGUCUGGAUUCGGUGAAGGCUCUGACGGCCAAGCUGCGACUGCACACUCGGCGGCCUUCGUACCUGGAGUGGACAGCCCAGGUCCAGAGCCAGGCCUGGCACAAGGCCCAAGCUAGAUCUGGGCCCGGGGCCUCAGGGGCUGUUUGUGGUUUUGACUCGAUGGAUUCUGCCCUUGAGUGGCUCCGAGGGCAGCUGGAGAUGCAAGCUCAAGACCGGCAGCUGGCGGGGCAGCUGCUGCGCCUGCGGACCCAGCUGCACAGGCUGAAGAUGGACCAAGCAUGUCACCUACACCAGGAACUGCUGGACGACGCCGAGCGGGAGCUGGAACUGGAGCCAGGGGCGGGCACGGCCCUGGCUCCACCCCUGCGGCACCUGGGUCUCACGCGCAUGAACAUCAGCGCCCGGCGCUUCACUCUUUGCUGAACAGCGCCACUGGGGCCCCUCCCCAGCCUGCCUGGAGAGGGAGAGGUGGAAGCCAGAAGUUCCCGGCGCUCCUUAAUAAACGCUCUCCCUGCCCCAUCAAGGUCUGUGCCGCAGUUUGUCACGCCCGAGGCCUGUUCGUGGUCUGUGGCGAGAACCUGGAGUGCCCCCGGGGGAGGGAGGACGGCAGGCUUUGGGUUUGGAGAGGAACCCGGGCAUCCCCAUCUCGUCCACACCUCCAUCUCUGUCUCUGCAGCAUAGAGAUCAGAAGCAGGAAAGAACUUAGGAUCGUACGUCAGACCCCUGUGAGUGAUUUAGGGAGCGGCUGUGGACUGCAGCUUCUUGCAGCCCAGGGUUCAAAGGCAGCUCGCUGUGCGUUUCAUGAGCCCUUGAGGAGGCCCCCUGAGUCCCUGAGUCCAAGGCAGAGACGUCCUCACUCGGCAGGAAGCUGGAUGUGCACGCAUAGACACAGUCGGUGCCCGUGACCCUGUCCAGCAGCGCACGUGCGAGCCGAGCCCUGAGCCCAGCCUCAGCUCCAGCUGCGGGCGGCUCUGCGCUCUGCACGGCGGGGGCCUGCGCGCUGCACCUGGUCCCGAACCCCCACGCUCAGUGGGCAGGUUUUCACCCUGUGUCUCUCGGCCUUUGUUUCACUCUAUCUGACUUUCCAACGCAGGCUUCCUCCUGCCCCCACCCAUUUCCUGUCCCCCCCACUUCCCUCGGCAGCUGAGGUGCACACAGCACCGGCUUCCACCUCACAAACCCCAACAGUGUUCCCCUCCCCCGUCCCCGCCGCUGGGGAAGGUUCUGAA